CUCUAAGCACUCACUUCUUGGGAAGAAAGGGCUGAAAUACUAGGUGUGGUGGUACAUGCCUUUAAUUCCAGCACUUGGGAGGCAGAGGCAGUCGGAUCUCUGUGAGCUAGAAGCCAGCCUGGUCUACAUAGCAAGUUCUAGGACACAGCCAGGGACACAUAGCGAGACCUUGUUUUAAAAAACAACAAUGAAAGGGUUAGACCCUACGCUGAGGACACAAGAAGAAGGCAAGGGUGACUCUUGAUGUUUUCUUCCAGAAUGGAAAAUGAAAUUUCAAUCCCCAAACCUGAGAAAGACUGGAUUUUGUCUCUGGACAGGAAUACCAUUUUUAGGGAGUAAGAGAAGGCAACUUGCUGAGAAAAAGUAAGGAUACCUACUCUGUGUCCAGAGGACUGACUAUGGUCAGAUCAGGUGAGGUAGAGAGUACUCCACUGAAGAAAAGAACAUUACAGUUCAUAGGGUGGUUGAUGGCACCUGUUGCAGGAAUCCUUUGUGCUUGUGGAGACCUGGGGCCAUCAGCUGGCACAGUAGGAUGCCCCCGUGUCCUCCUCAGCAGAACAGGAACAGGUUAUCACAGCUGCCUGUUGGGGAGCUUGGAGAGAUGGAACUGACUUGGCAAGAGAUCAUGUCCAUUACUGAGCUGCAGGGUCUAAAUGUUCCAAGUGAGACAUCUUUUGAGCCUCAAGCACCCACCCCAUACCCUGGGCCACUGCCACCUCCAACAUAUUGCCCCUGUUCAAUUCAUCCAGAUGCAGGCUUCUCCCUUCCCCCACCAUCUUAUGAGCUCCCAGCAUCUACUCCCCAUGUCCCAGAACUACCAUACUCCUAUGGUAAUGUAGCCAUACCAGUGUCAAAGCCACUUACCCUUUCAGGCCUGCUCAAUGAGCCCCUCCCAGACCACUUAGCUCUCCUGGACAUUGGGCUGCCAGUGGGGCAACCCAAGCCCCAAGAAGACCCAGAAUCUGACUCAGGAUUAUCCCUCAACUACAGUGAUGCAGAAUCUCUUGAGCUAGAGGGUAUGGAGGCUGGCAGGCGGAGGAGCGAGUACGCGGACAUGUACCCAGUGGAGUAUCCUUACUCACUUAUGCCCAAUUCUUUGGCCCAUCCCAACUAUACUCUUCCACCCACUGAGACACCCUUGGCCUUAGAGUCAUCCUCCGGUCCAGUUCGGGCUAAGCCUGCUGUCCGUGGGGAGGCAGGGAGUCGGGACGAGCGGCGAGCCCUGGCCAUGAAGAUUCCUUUCCCUACGGACAAGAUAGUUAACUUGCCGGUAGAUGACUUUAAUGAGUUGUUGGCACAGUAUCCGCUAACGGAGAGCCAGCUGGCUCUAGUUCGGGACAUCCGUCGACGGGGCAAGAACAAGGUGGCAGCCCAAAACUGUCGCAAGAGAAAACUGGAAACCAUUGUGCAGCUGGAGCGAGAGCUGGAGCGGCUGAGCAGUGAAAGGGAGCGGCUUCUCAGAGCCCGAGGGGAGGCUGACCGCACUCUGGAGGUCAUGCGCCAACAGCUGGCAGAGCUGUACCAUGAUAUUUUCCAGCAUCUUCGGGAUGAAUCUGGCAACAGUUACUCACCAGAGGAAUAUGUACUGCAACAGGCUGCUGAUGGUGCCAUCUUUCUGGUACCCCGUGGAACCAAAAUGGAGGCUACAGAUUGAGCUGGUCUAGAGAGUGGACACUGGUGCUAGAGACUCCCUCAUUCCCUUCUGAUGAAGGCACUUCUUAAUCCCACAAGACUCAGAGUCCUCCAGACCAAAAGGCAGAUGUAACCAUAUCACCUGGGAGUAUUUGGUGAGGUUUGCCUGGAGGCCAGGUGUUGGCUUCUCAGGUCCUCAACCCCACCUCUUGUCCAAGCUUUGGUUCAUAAAGAGCUGUGUGGAAA